AUGUUUUACGGUUUAGUUGAAGUGACUUAUUUCGAUUUAGUCACUGUCGGUUUCACCUUUACCGUCUUGGUGGCAGUGCAAAUUUUAAAUGCCCUGUGGUCCCUAAAGGAAAAAGGUAGCGUCGAUUCGCCGGAUAAUUGCCAGCAGCGAAAAAGUGUUGAUGAAAAUGUGACAAAAUUGUUAAAAAUAAAUGAAAAUGUGACAGAGCUGGGAAAUGGUGAGGCGACAACGCCUCUUAUUUUGCAUAAAAGAUCACCAUCAUCCCCGGUGACAACAACAACUACAGCGGCGGUGACCGUGUCCCAUACCGCCGCCACCACCCUUCCCAAAAAUGGCAAAUUACAAAAACAACAAAGUGAACAAUCUGAAAACCUUUCAUAUUUUUCUUCUACGUCUACAAUAAUAAAUGCAUCUUCAUCGUCUUCGUCCCCAACCAUAUCGUCUGCGACGUCUACAUCUUCAUCGUCAUCAUCACAGACACCGCCAACAUUAUCGAUACGCCAUUCAAUGGGUAAUCUCUUCAAUGGCAAUACCGGAUAUUCAUUGCCAAAUUUUGCCACAGCCAUCACGUCCUGUUACCCCGAUAACUUGAGUGAUGAAUAUCACGAAGAUGAGGAUACCAUAUCGCUGGAAAAUCUCUUACCCUGUGAUCACACCGAAAUUUAUUCAUCACGUAAAAUUAGUUAUAUCAUUGAUGAGCUGCUACAAACUGAAGGCAAUUAUAUCAACAAUCUGAAGAAGGGUCUACAAAAUUAUGGCAACUUGGAUAAAUACGAUAAACUACCCGAUUCCCUACGGGGCGCUGAUAAACAACAACAAUUGUUGGGUAAUAUUAAGGAGAUAUUGGAUUUGCAUGAGAAACAAAUUCUACCGCUGAUGCUGGGUAAUCAACGGGAUUUGAAGACAAUGUUCGAUGAGAUGACAUCAUAUAUCGAUAAAAAUCAAUUUUAUUGUUAUGUGACGUUUACGAUGCAUAAACAGACAUCAAUGCAAUUACGAAAGGAUAAUCGCGAAUGGUUUCAGAACUAUCAAAAUGAAAUCAAUGAUCGGCUGGGCAUUGAUAGUUUUCUGGUACAACCCAUACAAAGACUGACUAGAUAUCCGCUACUACUAUCACAAUUUAUAUCGGAAUUCUAUAAAAGUGGUAUAAAUUGUAAACCAGUAUUGGUUUCAGUGUGUAAAUUGGAGACACGCAUGCGCCGGCUACUUGAAGUAGUGAAUCAAUCCGAAGAAGUUCUCAACAUAGAGGAAUUGCCAUCUGAGCUCACAAUCGGCCACUUUGGUGCCUUCCGCCGCUCCACCGAAUUCGAAGCGUACAGUUGUCGAUCACGCAAAAAGUUCAAAGCCAAAGUAUUCCUUUUCGAUCAGUUUUUACUUUGUGUCGAGAUACGCAAACGUCGCCUUGCCUAUCGCAAUCACUACUCCUGGGGUAGUAUAGAGCUUAAAUUGAAUUCUUCAAAAAGUGUAUCACUCUUAAUGAAAUCUACCCAUGGAGCUGGCUCUAAUGGUGGUAGUCCGACACCAUCCACGGGCAGUAGUAGUAGCGGUAGUGGUAAAAGUUCCCGUGAUAAUUCCAUUAAAGAGGAAUAUGAAUUCUCUGCCCCUGAAGCCAUUUCGGUAACACAAUGGCUACGUUGUGCCCGUAAAAUAUUCGAAAAUGCCCGCAUCGAAGAAUCCCAACGGGGGAAAUUCUCGCUACCAAUGGAUUUGGUAUUGGGUGCCGUUUUUGCCAUUUGGUUAAUUUGGCAUUAUUUGUAUUAA